AUGGCGCCUCAGGAAGCCUUGUCGCUUCUGGGCGCCCCCAAAACCUUCCACCAGUUCCCCGAACUAGCACAAGAGAUUCAGAUAAUGGUAUGGAGAGAAUUCAUUCUCGACGCCAACAAGGACCGCGUUAUCAUCCUCGAUGAAAUCAGCAGGGAAAUUCUGCCAACCCCUUUCCUCGAGUGCUCGACUUUCUGCGUCAACCUCUUAAGUCGUCAAGUCUUCUUGAACCUUUACCCGGUCCAGAUUCCCGUCCAUAAAACCCGCCUACAACUGUUUCUCGCAAACAACAUUGAAUUCAUCCGAGACGGCACACUAGACGAACUAUAUGACGAUGAUUACGCAACCGGCACUCGUGGAGAGCCACACGGUUGCGUAUAUGUCAACUUCGACCGAGACAUAUUUGCCAUGACUGGUUUCAACCGACUUUUUGAUUCCUUGUACAAGACGCAAAUUGAAAAUAUUUAUAAAUACAAGACCCUGGCUCUAGAUCUGGGGCAGUGCAAACUUGUAAAACAUCUUAUGGAGUACUGGGUCGGCGGUGAGGAAAUUGUCGACGGAAUCCUUGUGGUGGAUAAGUUCGUUGGGCACGCGUACAAAGAAAUGGUAUUUAGCGAAGUCGAGACCUGCCGACAUGUAGAUCCGGAUUUGACCUUUGACCUUGAUUACUUUGACGAUCCAUAUGAGCCCGAGAAGUUCCUAGGACAUCUGAUGGGACUUCCGGGAUGCGAGCUUUUCAAGAAAUGGAAACCAACCCAUCACCUAGUCCACAAAGAACACGCGAUAAAAGCACAAGGGGCUACGGAAGCUAAAGCUUAG